CUAAACCGGAUGUUGAAGUGUGUGCAAAAGAAAGUGGAAGAAACGGAAUCAUCAUGAAUACUCGAGGACUUCGCUCUCAGUUGAAAGACAACGUCCCUGUCGCGGGAUUAUGUCCUCAGGGGGCUUACGGAGUGCAGGACACUCUGCGUAGCGGCUUCACCAGCGUAAAGAACGAGCUCAUGCCAAGCCACCCGCUGGAGCUGUCGGAGAAAAAUUUCCAGCUGAACCAGGACAAGAUGAACUUCUCCACGCUCAGAAACAUCCAGGGUCUUCAUGCUCCGCUCAAACUGCAGAUGGAGUACAGGGCAGCUAGACAGAUCCAGCGUCUGCCGUUCUUACCCAGUUCAAACCUGGCUCUGGACACACUGCGAGGCAGCGACGAGUCCAUCGGCUUUGAGGACAUCCUCAGUGAUCCAGCCCAGAGUGAAGUGAUGGGCGAGCCGCACAUGAUGGUGGAAUACAAACUGGGACUGUUGUGAAAGAAGACGGACACACACACAAUACACAGCUGAACUCAUAAUUUAGGUUUAUUAUUUGUCUGCAUACAUUUGUUUUUUUUCGCCUCAAAAACCAAAAUCACCAACUUGAGGUUCUGCAGAAUUGAGUCGCUCAUGUUUUGGGAGGAGAAAGGGGCGGAUGGGUUGUGGGUGUGGGGGGUUAUCCUGUAAAAUUCAGAUCUGCUUUUGUAUGGUUCCAAUCCGAUUGGUAUUUCUAAUAAAACUCAUAACCUUCCUCAUAA